AUGCCACCGCGAGGCAGGCCAGAGAGCUUGACCACGAAUGUACCGGGCCAGUCGCCCUCGUUUCAGGAUGAGAAGUUCAUUGAGCAGCUUCUCCAGCUGGUUGCUGAAAACGAUGAAGCGUCGCUCGUUACACUGGUAGCCAUGGCAUUCGGUGCCGAGGGCUACCUGGCGGACCUCAAGCAACAGAUCGCUGUCGACUCGCGGCUCGACCUUCUUCGUUUCUGCGCACGCCAAAAAUACGGACCUUGCAAGACCGUCCAUGUGAUCAAGUGGAUAGCGCACUUUCAGCGCCUGGUGGAGGGCGGCUGCAGCACGGAGGAGAUGCGGCGCGAACUGUCGGACUUCGUUGCGGCGGAAAUAGAGGAGGAGUGGAAGUGGAGACAGGCGCCACCCGCCGAUGAGGGCGCGCCCGAGUCACAGCCACCACCGAGGUCGGCGACCAAGAAGGGCGCUCGGGUGGCGGAGAAGGCAGCGGCGGAAGAGGCGGAAAAUGUUGCUGCACUGCCUCGCGAAAAUAUCUAUUUGUCGAAGGAGGACGUUGGGCCACUUUGCACCUAUCUUCUUCGCGGCAUCAUUCAGCAUGCGGCGCUGUAUGCGCAUGUUGCCAACCACCCGCAAGAUACCACAGCUCCAAAGGGGUUUGAGUUUUUCAUUGAGGCGCCCAUGCCCGCCCCACCGCUGCGUGUUGCUGUUGCGGUGGAAAAGACACCACAGGACGCGGUGCCCACAACACUGAAGGAGGUGCGUGCGCAACGCACGGAGGAGUUGGAGGCUAUGAUAAACGAAUACAACGAGGCUGUGGCCAAAGAGGAGCUCUGGCGAAAGACGGAGCAAACUGAGAGGGAGAUGCAGAUUCUCAUCGAGAACGAGGGCGCCAAGAAGGCGGUGGAGGACACCUACGGAGGCCUCGAGGCCGACCUGGCGCAGCGACAGCGGCAGAUUCUGCGACGCAUCUUUGUCCUGGAGAAAUCGUUGGGUGCCGGCACCUCCCCGCAGCCGGCGUGA